AUUUAUUAUUUACCUUUUGCGAAACUUCAUUUUAUGGGAAACUGGUGAAAAAUGGCUAAAUUACUGCAGCGGGUGGAAAUUACGCUGCGUAGUUUUUACGUAUUUAACUCGAGUUUUGGUGAGCAAGAAGGCGAGGAACACAAGAAAGUUUUGUACUACCAUCCAAAUGACAUUGAAUUAAACACGAAAAUCAAAGAUGUGGGGCUAAGUGAGGCCAUUAUAAGGUUUACAGGAACUUUUGCCUCCGAAGAUGACUGUCAAGCGUUGCACACCCAAAAAACCACGCAACUUUUUUACCAACCUGAGCCAGGAUAUUGGAUUGUUUUGGUUUUAAAUGUUCCCAAGGAGGUGCGUUUGAAGGAUGGAGUUGAAGUGGCCGAUUAUCGAGGUGCUGAGAUCUCCGACAGGAUUUAUAGAGCCAUCCUACGACAUUGCUAUCAAAUGUUUCACUUCCAACAUGGUAGCUUCUCCUCUUUUGCAUCUGAGGAAACUAACAACGAUAAACGAAGGGAACUACUCUGCCAGGAGCUUCUCCAUUUCUAUGGCCAGCACUUGACCAACUUAAAGGAUCCCUCGCACUGUGAUAUCAUUGACAUGAUGCAUUCUAUACAAUAUCUUCCCCUGGAUAAAUCACUCUUUUUGCGGGCCCAGAAUUUCGGAAUGCUGGGUGAGACCUUCCCUGCCAUCAAGGAGUGCAUAAUGCUCUACCAGGAGCAGGUCCUUUGCGGCGGAAAACUCAACCCGGAUGAUCUGCACAGCCUGCAUUCGUAUGUGGUGCAGCAUGUGCUAAAAGUGGAGGCCAGUAGCUCAUCCAUUGCCGUGAGUCCUUCGCUUAAAAGGAGCAUUAGUGAGUGUCAGGUUGGCGGAUUUGUGAGGAGCCAAAAGAAAGGUCGGGAUGAAGGUCAGGAGGAGGCGGACAACCUGGAGGAUCAUCCACUGAAGGUCCAUGUCAUGCUGGAAACCAAACAAGUGAAGACCUACUACCUGCUCAUCUAUCGUGCGUUGCACAUAACUCUCUGCCUGUUUUUUGAUGCGGACCAACCUGCACCCAAACAAGAGCUAUAUGAUGAACUCCACGCCUACAUGGCUCCCCAAUUGACAUCCCUAGCACGGGACAUCACCAGUGAGCUGACCAAGGAGGCAGUGGGUGCCACCGGCCAGGAGAUCUCUUCCGGCAACAGCGAAAAUGCACCCAAAUAUCUGUUUAUCAACGAACAGAGCUUGCAGCAUCAUACGAACCUGCAGAGGCACUUGCCCCAGGGACUUCCCCGCAAUGUGCUCAGUAUCAUUGCAGAUCUGGCCAAUCCCAGUGGCAGGGAGCAGGAGAUGGAACCGGCCGAGGAGCUCCAGGUGAAGACCACCAACGACUAUUGGAUUGUGAAGAGGCGCUGCAACUACAGGCAGUACUAUGUGAUCCUGUGCAACAGCAAGGCCACGCUACUCGACGUCACCCAGGAAGCGAGACGCAUUUUCGAGCAGGAGCUCACAGAUGAUGUAUUUUUUGACAAAUAAACAGCAGGAUCAGAUACAGAA